AGAAAAUCCCACACGGUUCAAUCAGUUAUGUAUAAGCGUGUGGAUAGAAAACAACCUGAUGGAUUUGUACAAUGAUAUCGGAUAUAUUUUGUUUAUUGUUCGUUCGAUCGCUGGAUUAUCAUGAGUGACAAUAUAGUUGAAAAUUGGCUGAAAUCUUUGGAUUUAGCAAAAUACACUCAGCAAUUUCUAGACAAUGGUUACGAUGACUUGGAAAUUUGUAAACAAGUCGGGGAUCCGGAUCUAGAUGCCAUUGGAGUAGAACCAAGUGAUGACAGGCUGCGGUUACUGGAUGCUGUCAAAACUUUGAAAGAAAAGGGAGGCACAGCGGUAUAUCUCACAUUAGAGGAUGAAGAAAAAAAGAUUCCUAAAUACGCCCCAGUGAGGCCCACUUUAGAUAAUUUAGUGACAGAUGUACCCCCUCCCUCUCCUAGUCCAGCCGGAGGAUUAGAUGCUGAAGCUGACAGUCAGCUGCAAAGGUCCAGUGACCUUAUCGUGUAUCCCAAACUACAGCUCACUCUUGUUAUCCGAGAUAAACUUCAGGAUGACAGGAUAGAUCUAGCCAGUCCACCAUAUACUGCACAGAAUUUGGCACCCUGUUGGAGCAGUCUGACAGCUUUGGCAAUCAAGUACGCCAGCGAACUGAGAACUUGUGUGGAAGAUGUCCUUGACCGCUUGGAAGACCUCCGAUGGUGGCAGAUCACAGAGGACACAGUUUCAAUAUACACGCCUCCUUCAAUGACAUCCUCGACAAUGGAAGAUCCUUACUACCCAUCAUUGUAUUCUUAUUCUCCAAGAGGUGGGCCUCCACCCAUACCCUCUAUCCCACCACCUGAGGCAAGUCAUGUGGAUGGGUAUGGGCAACUUCAGAGCAUACAUACUAGAUAUACAGAUAGUCCAAGCCAUGCUAACUAUGUUGCCUUGGAUACAGGCAUGUGCUGUGUAUUUCCAAGGAAAAUUGUCAAAGGAGAAUCUGAGGCAAUUACAGAGAAGAAGAAAACCUCAACUUUAGGGAGAUUGUUCAGAAACAUGGGCUUCCGAAGAUCUAGUAGAAAACACAGCUACAAGAAACACCAAGGUGACCUGUUAGCGCAUGAGAUCACAAUGGGUGACAAUGACAGGAUAGCCCUCAUGCAGAUGGUAAAAGAAGGAAAAAUUUCCACAGAAACUGCACUGCAAGUGGUAAAGAAGUUUGAAGAAGAAAGGAAGAAAGAUGAUGUAAGUCAUACAAAUGACCAUGGUAAAGACAAGGACAAGAAGAUUGGAGGCAAAACCAAGAAAUCAAGCUCCCUGAAACCUACAAAAUCUCCUUCUAUAUACUCAGAAUCUCAGUGUGAAGUGUGCAAUAACCUGUCAGUGAAUAACUACCCUGUGACCUUUAGUGGAGGUCACCAGUGUCUCGAUUUCCAGGACCAAGGAUGUCGCCACCGACGUGUUCACAGUGUCAGCCAUAUCGCUUACCCGGAGCAUCUCCGUUCGCCUGGGACUGCUCGUGCAAUGUCAUGCUCACCAAUGCGAUCACACUCCACUCAAAACUCUGCCGUUAAUUCUCCAGUAGGUUCCGUAAACCAAGCCUCAAGAAUCUAUACACCAGUUAUACCUCAUGAACUGAAAAUGUAUUCGGGAUCGAGGGGAUUAUAUGGUGUACAUGGUAUAGACAUGAUCAGAGAUCGACUCAAUGUGAUAAAAACAUCUACCUGUGUUCAUAAGACUCAGUCGAAAGCAUCACUCAUUUCAUCCGAGUCAGACCAUUCGAUGGAAUGUUUAUCACACCUUGGUAACCAGGGAGAACCGCAGGCAGAAGAGCUGUAUUUCCCAAGCAACAAUUCCACAGUUUCUGUUGGAUCCGAUACAUUGCCGGCAAUGAACGGGAGACGGAAAUGUGGGAGUGCAAUGGAGAAAAUACGUAAUCAUAAAUGGCAGCGGACGGGUAGCGUAAGCCAGGGUGAAGAUGGCAUGUCUACUGACACUGAUGACCUGGAUGAUCCUGAUCGUCUGCUGCUUGGUGGUGGUACAUCGUCAAGCUCCCAUAUGAUGGAGAAGUUCCGAGGAGUAAGGAAUGAAAUGAGGCGUCGGAUAUUACACACAAGAGACAUUAUCGGUGAUGGAAAGUCACAGCAUCUGUGUUCAGCCUACCAGACUGCUCCUGGUAUAAACCAGUCUGUCAGCUCUACCGACAGUUGUUCUAGUGGAAUUGGUAGCCAGUCUGGGCAAAUUUGGACUGACCUAGAUGUUCAAGGUCAAAUGCCAGGUCCUAUACUUGGAGUAGCACGUGUAACAUCAAACUACAUACCAUCACAUGGAGAAAAAGAUUUCCUCCACUUGAAGAGAGGGGAAAGAGUUCAUGUUUUAGAGGCAUCAAGUGGAGGAAUCUGGAAAGGUCAGAUUGACAACAGAGUUGGCUACUUCCACUUUAACUUUGUUGAUAUGAUAGCUGAAAAUACACCAACAAAUCACAGAAAAGACAAGGCACGGCGCCGAAUGAACCGGCGGUCAAAACCACAAACAGUUGAAGAAUUGCUACAGAGGAUAGGUCUCGAGCAUUUAGCACCAAUAUUUUUGAUGAAUGGCUACGACAAUCUGGAAAUAUUUGCCGAGAUAGAUCAUGAAGAUUUGAACGCACUAAAUAUUCUCGACUCUGAAUCAAGGACAAAGCUCAUCACAGCAGCAGAACUUCUGACAGAUUAUAAUGAUGGACCACCAGAGCCACCAAUAAGGAGCAGCCGCUCAGCCUCGGCCACACCAACAAGUCAACAAUAUGCUGUGCCAUGGACCAGCUUUUUCCCAUCCAAACCCUCAACUGGCAGCCGAGAUUCUGGUUGCUAUGACAGUAACGAAUUUAUGAAUCGUGAAAAUGACCCAUACGCAAGUGCUUGUAGAAUGAGGGCAAUUUCUGACAAAGAAAAUUUAAAACCUAAUGUGGGGAAGAAAUUAAUAGCUGGCCAGCAGGCUAUUGCCGGAACUAAUAUAGAAUUAAAUUUAAAUGGUGCUAAAAUGCAAAAUGGAACAAAAGAAGAGAAAAUAUAUUCAGAAGAGGAUCAAGAAGUGUGCCAUAUAACAGGAUACCAAAGUAGUAAGGGAAGUAGGUCAUCUCCACGGCAACCAUCUCUAGUCAGUGGUCGCGAUAGUGCUAGUAGUGAUGUACAUAGUAAUUAUAGGUCAUUAAAUAUACCAGUAUUAGGACCAGACUGGAAAGUUUUUUCCGAUUCAUAUUCUCAAACAUCUCCUUACGGAUCAUUGAGCGACAGUUUUCAUACGUCUGCUGAUGGAGAUAUUGGAGCUGCUAGCUCAGCAAUGUCUUCUAGUGUUCAUGGUGAUAUAUUUUCUCCAAAUAUUUCCACACUUACUCGGAAAACGAAACCAUAUGCACGUAAGAUUUCACCCAGUGUUCCAAUGAAAGAUGCUCAAGUUCAAGUUAUGUGUCCUUUGGGGCUCUUUCCACUUCAGUCUCCUUGUAGUCCAACUUUAGUAAGUAAAUCUGUAUCACAGUCUACUAGUGAAACUAUAACACAGUCUGCAGUAUCACAGACUGGUACUCAACAAACUUUUAACCAGUUAAUUUUUGGACAGUCUGGUUCACAGUUGAUCUUAGAAACAUCACCUUCUGCUAGAGUCUCAUACACUUCCCAGAAUUCUAGAGAUGGCGAUUCAGGAAGUGAUGCAAGCACGGUAAAGUCUGAUAAACUCAGUAGUGGCACUGAACAGGGCAGAAACACACCAGACUCCUUAUAUGGACCAAUUCACAAAAGCUUCAAGUCAAUUAAAAGAUCCGUAAUACCAAAGGUGACCUCUAAAUUGGCUUCAGAAAACAUAGACCUGGCUGGGGAACCAUACUCCAAUCCAUCUGGUGCAUGUGGUAUACCCCCUCUUCUGGUACAGCGAUAUGCCGAGGAGCUUAAACAAGACGUGUUCAAGACAGCCGUCAUCCUAGACCAAGUCCGCAUGCAUAAACUCAGCACACUUGGCCGACCAAUGAUUCCAGCUGAACAGCUGACGGAACAAAGUCUUGCUACAUCUGAGCUAAAAAUAGCAACAAUCCAAGAAUUCUUCAUCUCGAUUGGGCUGCCAAUGUAUGCUGAAGCAUUCUGCAUGAAAGGUUUUACAUCAGUCGAAACUUUAUCAAACUUACCUGUAAAAGAAAUCCAGACUAUAUCAAAAGCAGAUCGUAAACAUUUGAAACGGAUCAUACAUGCUCUAGAAUGGGUGCAAAAUCGACUAAAAUCACCAAGUAGGAAGAUCAAGUCAUCACCAGUCAAGGACAAAGUUUGAAGAAUAAACAUUUAUAGCAUAUUAGAAUUAAGAUUCAGACGUGACUGUCGCUUGACAACGAGAAAAAAGUUAGAUACUUUUGAGGCGAAAAAUUGAGGAUUAAAGGAAAUUAGUUCUGAAAAAAUCUAACCUUCAUGCAAGGGAUCUUUGCAUUGGAAGUCAUUAUUUUAUCACUAUGAAUUUUGAUUAUGUAUUAGCUGCCAAAAUAAUAUUUCACAGGGGAAUCUUAAAGCUUUAACCCACAUUUACUUGUAUAUCACAUAUUUUUUUAAAUCUCUAAUUUUUUGUCAGUCAUUUACUUCAUCUUCUGUUUUCUUGAUGAGGUUGCAAACUUCAAAUCACUGUGAUAGGAUUGCCAACUUUUAAUCAGCUUUUCCAUAAUUACUUUCAAUAAAUCCCACAUUGCGUGUAGAAUUUCUAACUGUGAGGAAACCAACAAGUUUACUUGCAGAGGGUGUCUGUCUGUGACUAAAAUUAUGUCCAGUGUGGCACCUGGGGUCUCCCACCAUUAGAGCUAAAAUGUUGGUGUAUGACUCAAAAGUCUGACUAUGUGAAAGCAUCUUUAUUUUGUACAGCAUUUUAGAUGCCUGCCCAGAGGGCUCAGUAGGGAAAUAACAAAGACUUACAAUAGAGGUCACAAGUUUGAACACUAGAUUAGUCAAAUGUUUUCUUGCCAACCAAGCCGAAAAAUGGAGGUUAUCUUGGUAGGAAAUCACCUUAAUAAGCUGCACAUGGCAUAUUAACAUCAGAAUUUGACAGCAUAUUAUGGUGUUUUUUUGUGUCAGCCAUUUUUAAUUAACAGUUUCUUUGAAAAUAUUGAAGUAUGUAACUAUAUAUUAAUUGGAGGCAACAAAUGAUCUAAUAUGUCUGCCUGAAUAAGUCAGGUAUUUUCAAUACCCCGAUGACAGUCUGGAUAAAAACCUCGCUAAUGCUCAGUUUUCCUUUUUUUGUGUAGUCAUAUAAGAUCCUUAUAUUCCUUUACAGUCGGGUAGAAGAUAGUACAUCUUAAAAUAAUUUGCCCUCAACCUAAGAUACAUGUGAAGUCGAGAGCAAGUUCUGGAACCACUGUUUCAUAACUGAAAUACUGUUGAAAAGUGGCUUCAAAACUUGCAAAUAAUACUUUUAUUUAUGCUCACUCUUUAUUGCAAGCCUGUAUUUCUAGUAAGAAGUGGGCUUGGGUUGGGAAAUCAGCUGCUUACCAUUGUUACUUCUCAAAUAUGUACUGGGAUAUAGUCAUCUAUGUCUCUACUUUGUAAAGUCCAGUCACUAAAGUUGAGUAAGUUGUAAGUGUGAAUUACAAAUGUUGACUAUAUUUGAUAGGUGAAAAAAAUAUGAUAUAGGAUGAAUAAGCAGGUUACAUUAGAUAGAUGAAAAAAAUUGAUUCAUUGAUAGGUAAUUUUGUAAUUGGCAAUCAGAACUUCAUGAUUGUUGUACAUUUUGAAUUUUUUUAUUAUGCUCAGUGCAAUAAUUUCUUACCAGAAAUGCCAUGUUAUUUUAUUCUUUCUGAAUUUGUUUGUUCCAUUUCCAUAUUUUGUCCUUUUUUUAUUUAAAAGUUAUCAGCUUUAGUAUAGUGGUCGAAAAAAAUGUUUUCUUGUACACAGAAGGUGAUAUGAAAUUCAUUCUAACAUUGAGAAGUAACAAGUGUAUUGAAUACUUUCCAUGAAAGGUGUUGUUUUUCGGAAGUAUCUCCAUCAUGUACUCCUGUUGUGUUAUUGUUUUUGACAAGGGUGUAUAGCAAAUAGGUGCUGUCUUUGUACUAAGAAGACUGCAUCUUUUUGCUUUACACCCUUAAUGGAUACUUCAUGUCAUGAACUUUUACUUAACCUUUACCCUGCCAAAUUUCUAAAAUGGACUUGUCCAUCAUUCAAUUUGGGCAGUACCACAUAUUGUUCAAAGGGUGUUCACUGAAAAUUUACUAACUGAAUAGUGAACAGUGCAGAUCAUGAUCAGCCUGUAUGGAUGUGCAGGCUGAUCAUGGUCUGCACUGGUCGCAAAGGCAAAAUCACUUGCCACUAGCUGGCUAAAGGUUAAGGCCAUUUUAAUAAAAUACCAGUUUUAGCAAAACUGUGAGCAAACCAUUUUAAUUAUUAAUCUAUCACAGUUCUUUAAUUUUAAGGUGUUUGUGAUAUUUUAUCAAAAAACACCAAGGAAAUCAUUUUAUUAUAUUUUGUUUAAACUUUAAGGUUUGUGAUUUUUUACCAAAAUUCUGCAAAGAAGUCAUUUUAUAAUGAAUUAAUUGUUAAUUUUUUCUGUUUAAACUUCAAAAUUUGUUGUUUAUUAAAAUCAUCGGCCAAGAAUGUCAACAGUGGUUGUGAGGUUUUAAGCUUUAAAAAUCUUUUUUAUGUUUCCUAUUAGAACUCGGUUUUACUUAAAUAAAGCUGCUAUUAUUUUAUUGUUUAUAUUUCACAUUCAUUAACUUUUUAAUAAAAUACUUUUAUAGUACUGUAAUUGUUGAAGACAAAAUAGCAGCUACUGUGCAGCACCUUGAAUUAAAAGGCUGAACAAGUCUUUUCUUACAUUAUUUGCUGGAACUUUUAGUUUGUCCUGCCAUCAUCUAUAGGUUGUGAUAUUUUUACAUUUAUUUAAAGAUAUUGUUUUGAUGGUUAUCAGUUUUGUUUAUAUCUUUGUAUUUAUCACAAAAAUCAGAACUUAAAACUGCUGUAGGUUUAAAUGCAUUUGUUUAAUAACAAACAAUUUGGGUUGAAGGUUAUAAACUAAGAUGGGAAGCAGUCACAGACAGCAGCUUUGUCAUUGGUCAAUUUCAAGACCAAGCUGAAAAUCCACCAAUCAGAUGCUGGAGUCUCGAGGCUGGUUCCUCACUCAAGUUUUAUAAACUUGAACUUGGUUCUCAGUCAUUUUAUUCUAUUAUUGUUCGCUGCAGGCACCAGGGACAGUUAAUAUGUACCAGGAGAAGAAAAACAUGAAAUUAAAAUUAUUAAGUACAAAUGGUUCAGUUAUGGAUCAGCUCUUAAAAAAAUAGAUUUAGAUUGUUAUUUUCAAAUGUGUAGUAAAAAUAAAUUCUUUUUACACUUUUCUGUAUGCACAGUUUAGCAUGUGAGAUUCAUGUUUGAUCCAUUUUUCUUUAGUUCUUGAUAAAUGAGGUAUUGCACACUGGUUAGGUUUGGUGCUUUGAUGUAAAGUUGUUUCAGUGACCAGAUUUGACUGAAAACUAAAAAAUAAUUUGCAGUAGAUUUUUUUUUCAAGGAGGUAUUUUCUAGUGACAAAGAUUUGCCACUAAUGAGUUUUCAGCCAAAUUUCAGUGGAAACUAGUAAUUUACUAUGUAUAACAGUGAUUUCUGCAUCUAUGUAUACAUUUUGUAAUCUGAAUCUCUGAAAAAUUAAAUCUGAAUAAAUUCAUUAUCCUUGAUCAAAUAAAUGUAAAAUUUUGAACCUCAGUUUGUUUAAUUAAAAUUACAUAAACUACCAGAAUAAACUGUUUUUGGGAGUAUGUACAGGCAAACCAAUUUGACAGAAUACAAGACGCUUCCACCAGUUCUAGGUGCAGAUGGGAAUAUGCAACUUACGGGUAACUGUUUAGGUGAUAACUAUGUUCUGCCAAGUUAUCCCCUAAACACUGGAGUCGGAUAUUUCCUUUCGUACAUACAACUAGUUUAUAAAUUCUUUUUCUUGCAUACCAUAUUCUACAACCUAUAGAAGAAAUAAUUACAGACAACACCAUUUUACACUGUUAGAUUCAUCCUGCACCCGAGAGAGUACAACACUGGUGAAAUAUUGGAAACUUGUCUGGUAUGCAAGAAAAGAUUGUCUGGAAUAAAUGCUAGAUGUUAAUUUAUUCAAAUGUAGAGUAUAUAAUAUAGAUAGAAACAGUUUUAAUGUUGAAAAAUGGACGUUAUUCUGUUGUAUAUUAUCCUAACUUACAUUUUAAAGGGGCACAACUCCACAUUUCUUUCACUUUGAAAAAAUUGUUAAAAGAAUACUUUGUGUGCUCCUUACUGUAAAUAAUGUAAAUAAAACUGUAAUUAGAAAAGAGUCAGUGUGUUCUAAAUUGUAUUUAUUUAUAAAACUGUUAAGUCUGUGAACUGUACAGAAACACUUGUACUGUGUUAAUGACAUAGUUAAUAUUUGAUGUAUAAAUCAAAGGAAUUUAGCUGUAUACUUUGCAUUGUUGUCUACGUUCAAACUUUCAAAAUUCUACAAUUGUGAUAUAUAUUGUGGAGGUGUGUCCCUUUAAACUUAAAGCAAGAAAUGGUGAUUUUGGCACCAUCUUUAUAAAUUGUGUGUAAUUAUUUUUGUGUUCAUGAUGUAAUUGUGUUUAAAAUUGUUAUUUAUUUCCCUAUAUGUUUAUGUUGUUACAUUAUACAGUCAUUUUGUUGGUUGUAAGGUUGUUUGUGUGAAAGAAAUAAAAGUAUUACAAUUAAAGUUGA